AUGCAAAUUCUACAUUUUGAUAUCAAGCCUCACAAUAUUCUUCUGGAUCAAAAUUUCACUCCAAAAGUUUCUGACUUUGGGCUUGCAAAACUUUAUCCUGUGGAUCAUAGUAUAGUUUUGUUAACUGCUGCAAGAGGAACCUUGGGAUAUAUGGCUCCUGAGCUAUUCUAUAAGGACAUUGGUGGUGUCUCUUAUAAAGCUGAUGUUUAUAGUUUUGGGAUGUUGUUGAUGGAAAUGGCCGGAAGGAGGAGAAAUGUAAAUGCAAAUGCUGACCGUUCAAGUCAAAUUUAUUUCCCUCUAUGGGUUUAUGAUCAACUCAGCAGAGAAAAUGAGGUUGAAAUGGAAGAAGUGGAAGAGGAAAAAGAGCUAACUAGAAAAAUGGUCAUAGUUGCCCUUUGGUGUAUACAGUUAAUGCCUGAUGAGCGACCAUCAAUGAGCAGGGUCCUAGACAUGCUUGAAGGAGAUAUCGAUAAAUUGCGAUUGCCCCCGAAGCCACUUCUGUAUCCGUCCGAGAAGCCAAUUAAUGAUGUCGACACUGAAAUAGAACUUGAAUCAUUCUCAACUUCAUACAAUACUUCGACAAAUUCUGGCGGAUAUCAAUUUCAGCAUAACAAUGAAAUUACGAACUCGUGCACCGUUUGA